AUGUUCCUCCAACGCACAGCCUUCGCCCUCGCCAGGCGCACCCCUACCCGGGCCAUUGCUGCUCGUCCCUUCUCCUCCUCUGUCACCCGCUUCGAGAAGAGCAAGAAGUGGGAGGUCAGCAAGGAGGGCAAGAUCCUGUCUUUCGACGAGAUCAAGACCGAGGAAGACCUUGUCCCCCCUGGUGCCAAGCCUGGUACCAUUCCCACCGACAUCGAGCAUGCCACCGGUCUCGAGCGUCUCGAACUUACCGGAAAGAUGCAGGGCAUCGACAUCUUCGACAUGAGACCUCUGGAUGCCUCCCGCAAGGGAACUCUUGAGAACCCCAUCAUCGUCAACGGUGCCGGUGAUGAGCAGUACGCUGGUUGCACUGGUUUCCCCGCCGACUCCCACCAGGUCAACUGGCUCACUGUCUCCCGUGAGCGCCCCAUCGAGCGCUGCGGCGAGUGCGGUAACGUCGUCAAGCUGAACUACGUUGGCCCCGAGGAGGACCCCCACGCUCACGACCACCACCACGGCCACCCUCCCCACGUCGAGCCCAAGACUUUCGCCGACUACGUCAAGCCUGAGUACUGGUACCGGUAA